AUGGCAGGGGCUGACCCGUUGACUAGAUUCAACUGGGCGGCUCGAAAACUUCACAAGAGACUUCUUCAAUUAGGAGCAAAGGAGGUAUAUCCUCGAGGUGAAGCAGAUGAACAGCAUGAUGAAGGGCUUGAUGCAAGCUUCGUUCCUUGGUCUUAUGACUUUCGCCAUCACCUUCUGACCAAGUUUCCAUUAGCGGAAGGUACAAUUCCAAUCUCGGAGCACGUUUUGUUGGAUCCAAAGUGGACUCUCGCGCUGUGUCAGAACGCACUCAAUGGUUCGUCAAAGCAGCUGGCCAAUGGCGGCGAUGAGCGAACGUCCUUUAUCGAUGGCUCGGCGGAAGCAAAAUACGAGACCGAAGCAGCGAAACCCACUAGGACGAAAUCUGCUGCCAUCUCCGCCACCCAACAUCUGAAUGUGACGCUGGAGAAGAAUCGACGCCUCACUCCUAGCACACAUUGGCAAGAUGUACGUCAUUUGGAAUUCAGCAGUAACCAUCCGAUCGCCUAUGGACCGGGGGAUGUCCUCACCAUAUUCCCCAAAAACUUCCCAGAAGAUGUUGAUCGCCUACUGCAACGCUUGGACUGGACUGACAUCGCAGAUAAGCCGAUCCAGUUUACUCCCACCAAAGCUGACAUAGAAGAAGUAUUUUAUCCAUCGCCUCCAAUCUCUCUACCAGGACCAUGUACAACGAUUCGAACACUUCUGACUGAGCACCUCGACCUCACAGCCAUACCACGUCGCUCUUUUUUUUCUCUCAUAGCCCAUUUCACAGGCAACCAAUUUCACAAAGACCGACUCCUCGAAUUCACAAAGCCAGAGUACAUAGACGAAUUAUACGACUAUACCACGAGGCCAAGGCGUAGCAUAUUGGAAGUACUUCAAGAGUUCGAGUCCGUCAAGGUCCCUUGGCAAUGGGCUGCGAAUGUUCUACCAGAGCUGCGCGGUCGGCAAUUCAGUAUUGCGAGUGGUGGCCAACUGAGAAAGACCCCGGAUGGCUCAGCAAGAUUUGAGCUUCUGGUGGCUAUAGUCAAGUAUAAGACUGUGAUUAGGAAGAUCAGAGAGGGUGUGUGCACUCGGUAUCUUGCUUACUUGCCUGUAGGGGCGAAACUUCGUGUCGGACUGCAGCAAGGCGGCUUAGCUAUCACAAAAGCCGAAUCGGAGCGGCCAAUUAUCAUGAUUGGUCCCGGGACCGGUGUUGCGCCUAUGCGAUCUUUGGUCUGGGAGAGGUUGCAAUGGGCAAAGGAAAGAGGUACCGAAGUUGAAGAAAACACCAAUCAUCAUGCAAACGGUGUAGCGGGGACUGGACACAGUCUCUUAUUCUUCGGCUGUCGCAGUGAAACCGCCGACUACUUCUACCAAGAUGAAUGGCAGGAUCUGCAAAGGCGAAUGCCAUUGACCGUCCACCCAGCCUUCUCGCGUGAUCAAGGUCACAAGGUCUAUGUACAGAAUCUCAUACGCCAGCAAUCAGACUCUGUCUACCGCCUCCUUCAUGAUAGUGGGGGAAUAGUCUACGUAUGUGGGUCUUCGGGCAAGAUGCCGCAAGCAGUCCGCGCUGCGCUUGCCGAUGUCUUCAGAGAUGUCGGCCGUAUGGAUCAGAAAGACGCCGAGAGCUAUAUGGAGACAAUGGAGAAGGAAGGAAGGUAUAAGCAGGAGACUUGGUAG